AUGCAAAACAGAAAUCCUCCAUUAAAGAAACAACGAACUUACGAAGUUGUUAACCUGAACGAGGUAGAAGAUAAAAGAGAAAAUUUCACAAAUAUUAAUUCUUUAGAUAAAAUGGAAGAUAAUAAAAUAGAUACCGAUUUAUAUUCACGACAAUUGGGAACAUAUGGAUAUGAAUUAAUGAACAAAUUAAUAAAAUUAAAUAUUUUAAUAAUAAAUGUUAAAAGUGUUGGAUUAGAAUGUGCAAAAAAUUUGAUUUUAUCAGGUCCCAAAUCUGUCUGUAUUUAUGAUAAUGAUAUAUGUGAAAUAAGUGAUGUAGGUGUUAAUUUUUACAUUAGUGAAAGUAAUGUACAUAAUAAAAAUUGCAGAAGUGAUGCUGUGUUGAAACAUUUACAAGAACUUAAUAAUUAUGUACAUGUAUACAAUUUUAAAGGGGAAAUUGAUAAAAAUAUGUUAGAAAAGUUUGAUGUAGUUGUUGCGUGUGAUAUUAAUAAUAAUGAUAUAAUAAAAUAUAAUAAUUUAGUUAGGAGUAUAAAAACCAAAAAAAUAGCUUUUUUAUGUUGCAAUAUUUAUGGGUUGUGUGGAUAUAUUUUUGUUGAUUUUAAUAAUGAAUUUGUGUGCUAUGAUCAAACUGGAGAAAAUGUAAAGAGUUGCAAUGUGAGUAAAAUUAGUAAAGAAUCCGAAGGAAAAGUUUCAUUUGAUUUUGAUAAAUCUGCGCCAUUUCAGAAUGGAGAUUAUGUGAAAUUUACAGAUGUUGAAGGAAUGACUGAAAUAAAUAACAAAAUAUAUAAAAUAAAUAAUUUGCAGAAAUACACAUUUACAAUAGGAGAUACAAGUAAUUUCAGUAAUUAUAUAAAAGGUGGAAUAUGUACUCAACUAAAAAUACCCUUGAAACUAAAUUUUCAUUCUUAUGAAUAUAUAAGCAAAUAUCCAUUAAGUAAAAAAGUCGAAAGAAAAGAAAUUAUAAUUAAUGAUACUAUACAUGAAGAAAUAGGAAUACCUGAUUCUUUUAUUGUUUCUGACUAUGCUAAAAUUGAUAUGAGCAACCAAUUACAUUAUGCUAUCCAAGCUCUAAAGUGGUAUGAAGCACAAAAUAAUAAUAUGUUACCCGAAAAUUAUGAAGAAGAAGUUUUUGAAAAAAUAUACAAAUACGCAGUAGAGUUAAAUGAAAAAGAUAAACAACAGGAAUUGAAUCAAAGUGUAGAAGAACUGAAAAAAGAGAUAGUAUAUAACGUAUCUAGAUAUUGCAAAUCUCAUAUAGCACCUGUUGCUUCCUUUUUCGGGGGGUUAUUAGCUCAAGAAGUAAUAAAAUUUACAGGGAAAUUUAUGCCUAUAUACCAAAUACUAUAUUUAGACUUCUUUGAAUGCAUCACAUCCACAGAACCUGAUAUGAAUGAAAUAAAAAAAUUAAAUUGUAAAAACGAUAAUAUAAUAUCGAUAUUUGGGAAAUCAUUUCAAAAAAAAUUAAAUGAGUUAAAUGUGUUUUUAGUUGGUUCUGGCGCUUUAGGUUGUGAAUAUUCUAAACUUUUUUGUUUGCUUGAUAUGUGUGAAUCAAAUAAUAACGGUGUUUUAACAAUUACAGAUAAUGAUAAUAUCGAAAUUUCAAAUUUAAAUAGACAAUUUUUAUUUAGAAGGGAGCAUGUUGGAAAAUCAAAAUCGCAUAUAGCAUCAGAAAUAAUAAAGAAUAAAAAUAAAAAUAUAAAUGUUCAAUCUUUAGAGACAAAAAUUUGUGCGGAAAAUGAGCAUAUUUUUAAUGAAUCAUUUUGGGAAAGGCAAAAUAUUAUUGUUAAUGCUUUAGAUAAUAUUCAAGCUAGACAAUAUGUAGAUAAUAAAUGUGUAUGGUAUUCCAAGCCAUUAUUUGAAUCAGGAACAUUAGGAACUAAAGGAAAUGUUCAAAUUAUCAUUCCAUUUUUAACUCAGUCAUACAAUGAUAGUUAUGAUCCUCCAGAAGAUUCUAUUCCUUUAUGCACGUUAAAACAUUUUCCAUAUGAUAUUGUACACACAAUUGAAUAUGCUAGAGAUAUUUUUCAAGGAUUAUUUUAUAAUACACCUUUGAACAUACAACAAUUUUUAAAUAAUAAAAAAGAUUAUAUUCAAAAGAUAGAAGAAGAAGGUAAUAAUGCUACUUUAUUAGAAACUUUACAAAAUGUUAUUAAUACAUUGAAGGAAGUUUCAAAUCAAUGUAAUUUUGAAUUUUGCAUUAGGAAAUCAGUUGAAUUAUUUCACACAAAUUUUAUAAAUCAAAUUAAUCAGUUACUACAUUCUUUUCCUAUUGAUUAUAAAUUAUCUAGUGGAGAAUAUUUUUGGAUAGGUCAAAAAAAACCACCUCAACCCAUUAGUUUUGAUUUAAAUAAUGAAUAUGUCACAGAAUUUUUAUUAAGUACAUCAAAUUUAUAUGCACAAGUUUAUAAUAUACCUAGUUGUUAUGAUAUUAAUUUUAUUAAAGAAGUGGCAAAUAAAAUUGAAGUAAAGCCAUUUCAACCAAAAAGUGUAAAAGUCAAUAUUGAUGAAAAAAAUUUGAACAACAUUUCGUUUUCACAUACAUCAGAAGCAAAACUAAUAGAAGAUUAUUGUGAAGAGUUAUUAAAAAUAGAAACAAGUAAUAUAAAAGUAACUCCCAUAGAAUUUGAUAAAGAUGAAGAAACUAAUUUACAUGUAAAUUUCAUUUAUUCAUUUGCUAAUUUAAGAGCAAAAAAUUAUAAGAUUGAAACUUGUGAUAAAUUAAAAGCAAAAAUUGUUGCAGGAAAAAUUAUACCAGCACUUGCAACAACAACAUCUAUGAUAACAGGGUUAGUAGGCAUAGAAUUAUUAAAAUAUGUAAAUUAUUAUGAUUAUAUACAAAAGUAUGUUAAAUUAUCAGAAGAAGAAAGAAAAAAAGAAAAAGAUAUUUUAUCUUAUUUUAAAAAUGCAUUCAUAAAUUCAGCAUUACCCCUAUUUCUUUUUUCGGAACCAAUGCCACCACUUAAAACUGUUGAUAAAGAGUAUGACGAGUUGAUGAAGGGACCAAUCAGAGCUAUACCAAAUGGAUUUACAUCUUGGGAUAAAAUACAAAUUUCAAUAAAAAAUGGAACCAUUAAAAACUUAAUAGAUUAUUUAAAUGAAAAAUAUACCAUAGAGGUAAAUUUAAUAUCCGUUGGUAAUGCAUGUCUGUAUAACUGUUAUUUACCUGCACACAAUAAAGAAAGAUUGAAUAAGCCUAUACAUGAAAUAUAUAUGCAAAUAACAAAGCAAAAAUUACCUGAUGAUAAAAAUUAUAUUAUUGUUGAAGCUAGCUGUAAUGAUCAGGACCUUGUAGAUGUUUUAAUACCUUCUAUUAAAUUUAUAUAUAAAUAA